AUCUGAGGUCCAGUAUUCUCUACUUGAGUCCUAAAUAACUUCUCUGUCACAGAUGUAGCAGAGAAAAAGUCAAGAUACCGGACUGAGGUGGAGGUUUACUUUACAGCAGGAGAAUGGCCCAAAGCACACAGCCAAAACUACACAGAGCUGGUUUAAAACCAAAAACCUAAAUGUAUAAAAUGGCCAAAUUAAAGCCCAAACCUCACUCUGUGGCAAGACUUGCCCCAAAGGCUUGCUGGUGUAAUUCUAAUUCUACCAAGGUUUGACUCAGGGGGAAUACUUCUGCAAACUAAUAAUGCUUGCUUUUUGUUUAAUUAACUUUGUGUCAGGCUGUAUAAAAUGUGCAAAAUGCAAGGGGGUGGAAAUAUAUAUGCAAGUCACCAUUAUAGCAUGCUUAUUUGUUGCAGUUAGCAAACACAGGAAAGGAAAUAACAGUUUCUUUCACAUACUGCUUUUACAUCAUCUAUGGCCUUGCCCUUUCCUUGUCGGCCAAGAUCCAUGGGACAGGAAAUGACAGUAGGGCUAAUAUGAUAACAUUUCUAAGCCACCUUCCAUUAGAUAAUCUUUUUGAAGAAGUAUACAACAAAGAGUGAAACUCCACACUGCAAGAAACAUAGCUCCUCCUGAAUGAUCUGACCAAAAGCUUUGCUGCUAUAUCAGGGGGAAUAUUGCUUUUGUCAUCAACAUAAGCAACAUGUUUAGAGGAGGAACAGUAUUUGCCUUUCUGGUGAUUCUUUGUCAUUUGAGAUCAGGAAACUGCCAAGCCUCAAGAUGUGCAGUUGAUGGAGAGCACUAUGUAUUGCAAUGUCUGUGGAGCGAUCCCGUAUUAGUCGAAAACAUGCUGAAAAAUAAUGAAAGCUCUAUCACCUGGAACAGAAUCCAAUCAGAUGUGGAUGUUAAGAUUACUACAGACAACACUUCCAGGAUAAUUUCAAAAGGGCAUAAACUUCAGUUCUGGCCAAUAUAUCUUAAUGAUUCUGGAGACUAUUAUUGCUCAAUCCAAGAUACAGAAUCCAGAGGAAUAAGAAUAAAAGUGGUUUUGAAAAGUGAAAAGCAAUGUAAUACGCCUUGCAAUGAGAAGAAGAAAACAAACAUGGGUAUGCAUGUUGUAGUCAAUUUCCUACCAUUUGAGCGCUACAGGGAUAGUGGGACUAACUACUCUAUUGUUGUAUAUAAGAAUUGUGACAUAUAUGCAUUCAAUGUUAGUCAGAUUUCAUUUGAUGCUGUUCAGAAGUCUGAUGAAGCAGACUAUGCAUUUGUUCUUAUGAUUCCUCGUAACGGAAGAACCUACAGUUUCUCUCGGAGAACAAAACUAAUCGUUAAUGUGUGCAUUGAAAAUAUAAAGCCAUAUUUGAGGGGUACAGGGAAUGUUACAAAUCUUGAUAUAGAACUUGGAACAAAUUUCACACUGCAAUGUGAAGCCUUUCUUGGAUACUGCCAAAGAGCCUUAUAUGACGUAACCAUGUUCUGGCUACAACUGAACAGCAAAAGAACAGAAAGUAAUGCUGAGCAUAAGGAGCAAUAUGACUUUGUGGAAGGUUGUAGUAGUAAUAUCACAUACAAAAGAUGUUACACUCCCCAGAAAAUACUGUAUGCAAACGGAAGUCUAACUGCCAUCACUGUGCUACAAAUAAAUGAUGCAAAUGAGUAUGAUGUUAAAAAUUACUAUAAGUGUAAAAUGGACACCACAAAUGGAGGGGGCUCCAGAGCAUUCAAUCUCAGAAUCAAAGUGAAAGCUCGAGAUAUAUCAAGGGACGUUUUUACGAAGUCUAUUAUUGUGGCAGUUAUUUGUUCACUUUGCAUUGUCUUGCUUGCUUUUUUGUGUGUGAAAUUUAGAAUAGAUAUAGUUUUACUAUGGAGAACCCUAAAAAAAACAGAUGAGACCAAUGGAGAUGGAAAGCAGUUUGAUGCUUACUUAUCAUUUAUGAGCAAUCCAGCUGCUGAGGAGGAAGAAGAAAUAGAAUUUGCUACUAAAACUCUCCCCAUGGUUUUAGAAAACCUCUUUGGUUAUAAGCUGUGCAUUUUUGAAAGAGAUGUUAUUCCUGGAGGAGUUAAGGUUGAUGACAUGCACUCAUUCCUUGACAAAAGCAGAAGACUUAUCAUACUCUUCAGCAGAAACUACAUUGCUGAUAAUGCUUUAUACGAACUUGAGGCUGGGCUGCACAAGGCAAUGGUAGAAAGGAAGAUCAAGGUUAUUUUGAUUGAAUGUAUGCCUUUACAUGAACUUAAUGUGGUCCCAGAGUCCCUGCACCUACUCAAAUCAAGCAACACUGUUAAAUGGGAAGGCAACAAGUCUCGCCCUUUGAAUUCAAGAUUUUGGAAGCAAAUUCAAUACUUAAUGCCAUCAAAGCCUAUUAAUCGUCAAAUACUGUUGCUGAAUGAUAAAAGGGAGGUUAACCCUAAUUGCUAUUAAAGUUAAACCAGGAUGAUAUUAUUACUCUUUUGAUUUUUUUUUUCAUUUUCUAUUUUUAUGUAAAUUGACCAAGUGUAUAGCUAAUACUGUAAGGAAGAGAAAGUUAUUUAGUAGCCAUUGUAGAACUCUAGUUACUUCUGAAAGCUUGCCUUUUGCCAUCUUUCUUUUAGGGCUGAUUACCAUUGCUUGGUAGAACAUAAAGGUUAGCAUAAUAAAUGGCUUUAAUUUGAUUUGUUACCAAGAGUUACUAUUAUGUAGGGGAUCAGAGAAAUCUUUCCCCUGUUUUUCUGUCUGUGACAUCAUCCAGCCUGGUUACACACUGAAGAGAAAUCCGAUUGACUUACAACUUCUGAGGAAAGAGGAGGACCCAGGGAGUGCCUUGCUUUGGAGCCAAAACCACUGGAUGGGCCAGCAGACGUUAUAAGGGAGCCCUGCUACAGCAACCAGCCAGAUCCAGAGAGCAGAAAAAGAGAAUAAAAGGCUGUGUGUGCUCUGCUUGGCAGCACUGAGCUCCAGCCAUAUAUAGUGACAGAUCUGCUUAGCUGCUGUUGGAUGUCUUUAUCUCCAUGUGAGUCCUCUGUAAGUGAUCCAACUGAGCAAUAUACUAAGGCUCCAGUAUGUGUUCCUUGUGUGAGGACAGGUGUUGACCGGGUGCCGGCUACGUGGGAGCAACUGCCUAUUCCAAAGGGAGUGGUACUUUGGGGCAAGUAGCGCUACCUGGGGAAACUAGAGAGCUCUUGGGGGAGGGACUUUGCCAGAGACUGAACUGGGCAAGUGUAUUUCCACCAGGAGUGGCAUAUGAGACUGUGUCUUGGAAGAGACUGUGCUGGGAGUUGGCUAAACCACAUGUGUUUUGGCAGAUCAGGGUUUAUACUGCUGUGUUUGCAUUUAAUAGUGCACACUAGGUGGAGGCACAGUGCUGUAAAUCUCAGUUCUCCAGUAUCUUUCACAUAUAUACAAAGGAAUUCAGCCUACUGAACCACAGGUAACAACAAGAAGAGUGAGUGUAAUCCAGCUUCUACUGUAGUGUGCCAAGAAAGGGUUACAAUUAUAUUACUGAUAUAUUCUGGAUGAUGGGGAGUGAGAGAUCAAAAUUAGAUCCCGCGUAUUUGUUUGUACUACUGGAUACAUCCGCAGGAAAUUAUCCAGAGGGGAGAAGGCAACGACAUUAACCAAAAGUGACCUGUAUUCUAAGACUAAACCUGUAUUCAGUAGCUAAGUGUUAAGGUGCUGUGUAAAUAACAGUAAAGUAGUGCACUAUAAGAGAUAUAAUUUGGAAAGAAUUGCUUGAUAAAAGGCUUGCUACAGUCCUGUUAUUCAUGUGUUCUAUCUCAUUGGAUCCCACUUUCUAGUCUGGAGAGCCUAAGGUGGAGGUAGACCUCAGUAGGUGUAGCUAGUGUUGGGAAGUGCCUGUAAUAGCUUAAUCUAUGAAUAUGAGUUAGGCUUAGGGCAGUUUUUAGAACAGUCAGAGACUCCAAUGAUGAAACCAGAUACAAUACCUGUGAGGGGAGUAAUUAUCUAAAGUAUCUACAAAGCCAUUGUAUAUUAAAAAUAAAGCAUUAACUACUUAUUCCAA